ACGCUCACGGCACAUCGGGAUUUCUGCUCGCGCGCGUCCCAACUCGCGUCGCGUCCUCCGCAUCGGCUUUGCGCGGCCACUCAGUCAGCCUUCUGCUCCUCCCCGCUGCAGUUUAACGCGCACUUAUAACCCUCCUUACUUUGUACGGGCACGAAAAGAAAACUGUAGAGUUAUCCAACUUCUUCCAAAUCCACAAACGCUCUUUUCAUCCGAGCUCACUCGCGCCUUCCCGCAGCAACGACAACAACAAGGGAGAGCGCGUUUGUCUUGUCAUCAUCAUCAACAACAACACCAACACGCAAGCGUCGAGAAGCCCCGCGUGACAAGACCGCCCGCUCGCUCUCCACUCCACCAUGAAGGCCAUCAGCCCCGUGCGCGCGCCGAGGCACCAGCCCUGCGGUGACUCUGUGCGCUGCCUCAGCGACCACAGCCUGGGCAUCUCGCGCGGACUCAAGGCGCUCGUGAGCGGGGCCGACGAGCCGCUGGGCCUCCUCUACGACAUGAAGAACUGCUACAGCAAGCUCAAGGAGCUGGUGCCCUCCAUCCCGCAGGGGCGCAAAGUGUCCCAGAUGGAAAUCCUACAGCACGUCAUCGAUUACAUCCUCGACCUACAGCUCGCCCUGGAGACUCACCCGGCAGUGGUGCAGAAGCAGCAGCAGGUGCAGCAGCAGCAGCAACUGCAGCAGCAGCAGCAACUGCCCGCUCAGAUGCAGCAUCCAGCUCCCAGCAGACUGCCGCUGUCCGCACUCAACACCGAUGUUCUCCGGUUAGACUCCCAGGUCUCGGCAGAGCCUGGCCACGUGAGGAAUCCGUGAUGGGGACUCCUCGCCCCGCCGUCUCCCACGCGUUCCCCUAUGCACUAAUAGGUGUGGGAGGUUGGAUUGUAACAGCCGCGUUCGCUUUCUCUCGUCGUCGUCUUCUUCACCACCGCCACACUUAAAGUCGCCGAAGAAGACCCGAAUACAAACGCCGUCAAGACUUUUACAUUCGCAGCAACGUAACAAACGUAUACGUGAACGAGAACAAACACAAACCUACACGGUUUAAUUGAACUGUGUAACAUUUUUUUUGUAUAUCUAUAAAAGAACAAAAACGGUUUUGGGAACAUUUUCUUGUAUGAUACGGUUUUUAUUAUGAAACUAAUGUACAUUUUGUGGACAUUGUCGGCAGCAAGACGCCAGUAGACACACAACGCUUUUGUUUUGUUUUUAGUUUGUUGGGGUUCGUGACGUUAAAGACUUUUUUUGUUCUUAUUGUCGAGCUAAAUGGGCCCAGAAACAUUUCCACUUUUUUUUUUAGAACAAAAGAAUUUGCCCAACCCACGGCUUUCUUGGCUUAAACCAGAAUAGUGGGUUACUAUUCCACGUCGUUAUGCGUUUCCUCCCCACCCCCCACUGUUGUGUAUUUAUUUUCUCGCCGCCGAGUUAACCUGUAUAGUUUUGUAACAAAACGUCCUUAAUUUGUAAAUGGUUAUGUGCCAAAAUGUUAAUAGCUGUCGGAAAUUGUUGAAAAUAAUAAAAAUGACGAUUUUUCUAUAAAA